CUUCGUGCGCUCCCUUUUACCUCCCGGAGCCCUUGUGAGAGGAAUAUCCUGUCUUUAAACCCUUUUUGAGGCAAUCCUUGGAAGCACUGACAAGAUGCCCAGGGAAGACAGGGCUACGUGGAAGUCCAACUACUUUCUGAAAAUCAUUCAAUUGCUGGAUGAUUUUCCAAAAUGCUUUAUCGUGGGGGCGGACAACGUUGGUUCCAAACAAAUGCAACAGAUCCGUAUGUCCCUGCGUGGAAAAGCUGUUGUGCUGAUGGGCAAGAACACCAUGAUGCGCAAAGCUAUCCGUGGUCACCUGGAGAAUAACCCUGCUCUGGAAAAGCUGCUCCCUCACAUCAAGGGAAAUGUUGGCUUUGUUUUUACAAAGGAGGAUCUUACAGAAGUUAGAGACAUGUUGUUGGCUAACAAGGUGCCUGCCUCUGCUCGUGCUGGAGCCAUUGCUCCUUGCGGAGUCACUGUGCCAGCCCAGAACACUGGCUUGGGCCCUGAGAAGACCUCCUUCUUCCAAGCUUUGGGAAUCACCACGAAAAUCUCCAGAGGCACCAUUGAAAUCUUGAGUGAUGUGCAAUUGAUUAAGACCGGAGACAAAGUGGGUGCCAGCGAAGCCACUCUCUUGAACAUGUUGAACAUUUCACCCUUCUCCUUUGGGUUAAUCAUCCAGCAAGUUUAUGACAAUGGCAGCAUAUAUAACCCAGAGGUGCUGGACAUCACAGAGGAGGCCCUGCAUGCUCGUUUCCUUGAGGGUGUUCGCAAUGUGGCAAGUGUCUGUCUUCAGAUUGGCUAUCCCACUAUUGCUUCAGUUCCUCACUCCGUCAUUAAUGGCUACAAGAGGGUUCUGGCUGUUGCGGUGGAAACAGACUACAGCUUUCCAUUGGCUGAGAAGGUCAAGGCUUUCUUGGCAGAUCCAUCAGCCUUCGUUGUUGCUGCUGCCCCUGUUACAGCAUCAGCUGCUACACCAGCUGCUGCUGCACCUGCAAAGGAGGAAAAGGAAGAGUCCGAAGAAUCAGAUGACGAUAUGGGCUUUGGUCUCUUUGACUAAGUUCUCAAAUGUGGCUUGCUCCAUCUUAACAAUAAAAAAGAAAAUUACAUUAAACUCUGACUCUGUGUGAUCUUUAGAAAGAACUCUUGGAAAUGUAUUUAUUUACAAAUGGCCUGAUGGUGUUACCUUUUGGAGGCUGGUAUUUUCUUGGCCCAUGAAUAAAAAAACAAACGUAUUUUAUGUUGUGCUAACAUUCUUUCUGUUAAGGGGAUGCCGUCAGUAGCUGUCUUGAUCGCUGCACGUUUAGAAAUAAAGAUAUAUGGAAAAGGGACUGCUGGCAGAAGAAAGCGUGCAACAAAGGUGCAGCAUCGGCUUGUAAUCUUAUGGACUUUGGUUAUCGCUUUCUGCCCCAUCUUUAAUGGUAAUAAAGAUUUUACAAAAACA